AUGAAAGAAAAGAGUGCAAUCAAUGAAUUGACGAAGUUAGAAGAGUUCGUUGAAACGCGAAAUGAUUGGUACACAAAAGAAGUAAAACAAAAGAAGAAAGGUGGAAAGAGAACUCCGAAAGUUCAAACUGAAGAAGGUUCAUCCUCUCAACUGCAAAAGAAGCGUAAAAAGAAAGCAGUUGAAACAAUGUUGGUUGAUGAACCGGAAGAAGAUGAAACAGAAGCUAACGUUGAAGAAGAUCAUGAACGUUUAUCUCCUGAAACUGAGCAAUUGAUGAAAUCUAUUGAUGAUACUUUAGAAGCUGAGAAAGCAGCUAGCAAGAAGGUAGUUGAUGAUGAUGAUAAAAGUUUAUCUGGUUCUGAAAAUGAUAUUGAUGCUGAAGUUGAUCGGUGGAUUAAAGAAAACUUUGAUCCAAGAGAGAGAGAGCAACAAAAGAAAAGAAAGAGGAGUACGGAUGACGAUGAUGAAACUUAUGUUCCUCCAGAAAAUGUUCAAGUUGUAUCACCACCAUCUUUUGGAGAGGAUAUAACUCUUGAAAAGCUUGAUGAUUUUAGCUUCGUAAAUGAUGAUCUUGUGAAGAAGUUACAAAAGAAGGUAGAUGAAGUGUCAAGUGAGAAAAAGAAGUUGGAAAAAUGUGUGAAGGCUGUUGAAUCUGAAAAUUCAUCUUUGUUGAAGAAAGUUGAAGCUUAUCGAUUUGAUAUAUAUAUUCUGAAAGUUCGCAUAGCUGUUUUGGAAGAAGAAAAGGCUCGUAGGGAUGAGCAGAAUGAAUAUUUCAAGUUGAAAAAUAAAGAAUUGUAG